AUGAGCUAUUUAGAAACACAAUUAACCAAAAGACAGGAACAAAUAAAGGAAUAUCAAGAAAUGAACAGUAGUCUGACUAAGACAUUCGAACUGAUUUCUGCAGAAAAGGAAAUAAAUGAAACACCAAAAGAGAUUUCCUCAAAGUACAUAAAGGAGUUGAAGGAGUACAAUGAACUAAGAGACGCGGGCCUGAGGUUGGCCCAGAUAAUUGCCGAUGAGAAGCAAUGUAAGAUCAAAGACGUUUUUGAAGAGAUUGGAUAUUCGCUCAAAGAUUAA